UCAUCACUGAGAUUUGCAUCACUGCAUGCUGCAGAAGCAAAUAACUUCUGGCACUCAAGGAGCUCUGACUCAUCUAAUGCAGAAUCCAUGCAAAAUAGUGCUUUCCUAAACAAAAUUCUUGUAGAAGGCCAAAACCCCCUGAAAUUGGAUUUAAGGCUUAAAUGUUAGAUGAUUUUAAUUUAUAUAGCCCCAAGGUUGAACGUUUGUUGAAUACAAAAAAUUACCACAAUAUAUUUAUUUUUCAAGAAUUAUUAUCUUUAAUAAUAAACACAAUUCUCAUAAUAAAAUACAAUUUCUUUUCACAAAUCCUCACAUUUUGACAGUUCAGAUGGCAGUGUUAUUGAUAUUUGGUCUGUUACUGAUGCUGUGUUCUAUUGCUGGAAAUGAAAAGCUCUUAACCCUGAAAGUUUUAAUCUCUUAAAGAAUAAAUCAGAUGACCAAAUGAAUGCUUUGUGAUUAAUUACAUCAAUUAUAUUGACAUUUGCUUUUGAUCUAGUGUAACACAUUUAUAUAAUAGCUUUUGUGAAUCAGACAAGGAUAAAACUUAUACUUGUAUAAUGCAUUUCUGUAUAUACAGUAUAAAACAUAAAUGGAAACCUUUUGCAUCAUGUGUUUUUAAACUUUGUUAUAGACUGUCAUCUGAGACAAACUCCAUUGAUUUCCAUUUGUAAAUCAAAGUGCAUUUGCCUUUUAAAUUAAUUCCACACUCACUCAAGAAAACAUCUGUGGACAGCUUAGAGUUUAAAACAUCAAACAGGUGACUCUCUGACCUUCAUCAAGCAAGGUAAAAGAUCUUUCUCAUCUUCAACUUUAUUUGUCUUGUUACAUUAUAUAUUUGCUAUCAUACAUACUUAAUGUACUUUCACAUAAACAGUAAAAGUCUGAUUGAACUAAUUGAACUAUGAAACAAUGAGAACAAUAUUGCUUCCUCAAUUUGUUAUUUUUCUUUCCUUUGUUGAGUUUGGUUGUACUGUAAAUCUGAAGUUCUUCUUUUUCCAUUUAAAUAGAUAAUGGAGACUUCACAGAGGCCCCUGAUUCUUACUUUAGGGGUAUGCAUUUUCUCAUUGCAGUGGACACUGACCCAUCAGCAAGUCAAUGUUGCCCUAAGAGGCAUAGCAACCCAAUCUUCUACAAACGGCCCUUACGCUGCUCCCCGUGCUAUUGAUGGCAACAGAGCAUCUGACAUAUAUUCUGGCUCAUGCACACACACAUUUUCUCAGACUGACCCAUGGUGGAGGGUGGAUUUGUUGGUGGCGUAUGAAAUUUCAAAGGUAAUAAUCACUAACAGAGGCGACUGCUGUCCAGAACGGAUAAAUGGUGCUGAGAUUCGCAUUGGGAACUCCUUAAUCAACAACGGCAACAAUAACCCCAGAUGUGCUGUUAUCUCUAGCAUGCCUGCUGGUGCCUCUGUAAACUACACAUGCCAUAUGUAUGGUCGUUACGUGAACAUCAUCAUUCCCGGUCCUAGCUACAUUGUCAGCAUCUGUGAAGUGGAAGUCUAUGUCCCUGUUACCCUGAGGGUAUUUCUGAAAUUAAAGUUCAACAGCAGUGAGGAUCUCAGCAACCCUACCAUAUGGGAUGAAGUUAAUCAAAAGAUCAAAUCUGUCCAGCCCUCAAUAUCUCAUGUUCGAUUGACAAUGGGACCAGAAAUGGAAACUGAAAAUUAGAAAAGGGUAAGAAAGCUUAGAAGAGUAUUAGUACUACUACUACUACUACUACUACUACAACUACUAUCAACUACUACUACUAUUACUACUACUAUUGCUACUAGUACUAAACUUUAGCCCUCCCCCUUUUUAUGAUUCAACUUUGCACCUGAUCUCAGACUCUUGCCCUGUACGUGCCUUUAAAUUUAAUUAAGCACUGCCUUAUUACAAAUGAUGAGUGGCACCAUAGUGUACAAUGUUAAGACUGUUUUGAAAAAUGCCUUAUAUUAGGCUUAGAAUAGUUUUGAGCAUUUAACGUUAAAGUUGGUUUAGUAACAUUGUUUAGCACAACCAGGCAAGCUGUUAUAUUAAAAUAAUCAGUGAUUGGGGACUAAUCUUAAGUGGUUACUGUUAUCACCCAGUUAUUUUGAUUAUUUUCCAAUUAUAGCAUGUCUUGAACUUAUUUCCUCUUAAAGCACAAUUUAAGAUUAAUAACAAUUUGCAAUUUUGUACUUAAUUACACUUUAAGCUGUUUACAUUUAAUGAUGUAGAACAUUCACAAGACAAGGUAAAUCUUUUAUUAUUAUUAGACUUAGUUCAUGGGACAUGUUAGCCACAUAAUUCCCUGUGAAUUAUUUACUAUUAUAAAAAGGAUAGUUAUAAGUUAGAAUAAAUUUUUUUAUUCAUUCUAGAUGAACCUAGAAUAUGAAUCACAGCCCUCUGACCUUCUGAAUUAUCAAAUUUAAGAAUGAAACAGCACUAUUGUAUAGCUAUCUUAAUAGUUAUUUGAAUUUUGUAGAAUGUCUGUUUUGUAGUUUGGCUGUUACCCAUUUAUUUACUCAUUGGUGUGUUUAUUUUAAGUUUGUCAAUCAGAAUUACAGGUAGACUGCACAUCUUACUGUAAAUACAUUAAAGAGAAGAAGAAAAAGAAGAAGAAGAAGAAGAAGAAAAAGAAGAAGAAGAAGAAGAAGCUGUCAAGGAACAACAACAACAACAACAACAAUAUACUUAAUAAAGUGAGGUUUGUGUGUAGCAUAUGGAACAGCUAGCUAGGUGAUAAAUUAUUGGUUAGAAGUACUUUUUGAAAAAUCAUUUAUUAUGAUAUAUAAUCUAAAUGAGCAAAGUUAAAUAAUUCUUGUGGCUAUUUGUUUAUAGAAAUUUGUAUUUUUAUGACUAGAUUUAAGAUCUUAAAGUAUAUAUAUAAAAUGGGCCAUUGUCAAGGUGAGUUUUGAAUUUAAAAUAAUAGUUUGUAGUAUUAUGGUAUGAUUAUGCUUCUCUCACUAUCUCUCACAUAAUUUUCUAAUAUUGCUAUGACACAUGGAAUAUUUAGAAUUAAAUCACCCCUCCAUCAAUCAAAUAUGUCAAGAUACAACCAAAUAUUUAAACUCUUAAUAAAUGUUUUGUUUUUGUUUUGUCACAUUUUGUCACAGGAAAUGCUCUAUGUAUGAGAUCAUGUAAAAAUAAGGCUUGGAUAAAUGUAUUCACCAUUAACUCUCUUCCUUUCUGUAAAAACUUAAAUGUACAAAACCUGUCUGAGUUAAUUAGUCUGAAUAAAGAACAAAAAGAACUUUACAUCUUUUUAUACCUUAAGGUGUCCUUGCUCAGAGCAUUCAUUCCCUUAACAUUUUACA